AAAGGCAGGAUAAAUACAAGGGCCAGCGCGGAGGAGAGGUGUCGCAGACGAAGGCCGGAUCUUCUGCCUACCACUCUUCUCUCAGCUCUCCUCCCAAACUCAAAGAGUCAGGAUGCCUCACGCAUACCCUUUCCUCACUCCUGAGCAGAAGAAGGAGCUCUGUGACAUUGCUCAGAAGAUUGUCGCUCCAGGCAAGGGAAUCCUUGCUGCAGAUGAGUCCACAGGGAGUGUGGCUAAGCGCUUCCAGAGCAUCAAUGCUGAGAACACUGAGGAGAACAGGAGGCUGUACCGCCAGCUCCUCUUCACUGCUGACGACCGCAUCGUCCCGUGCAUCGGUGGCGUCAUCCUGUUCCACGAGACCAUGUACCAGAAGACCGACGACGGAAAGACUUUCCCCCAGUACCUGAAGGAAAGAGGCAUGGUGGUCGGCAUCAAGGUAGACAAGGGCGUUGUCCCUCUGGCCGGAACCAACGGCGAGACAACCACCCAGGGUCUCGAUGGACUGUAUGAGCGCUGUGCACAGUACAAGAAGGAUGGUGCUGACUUCGCCAAGUGGCGCUGUGUCCUGAAGAUCACUCCCACCACCCCCUCAAAGCUGGCCAUCCUGGAGAAUGCCAACGUCCUGGCUCGCUAUGCCAGCAUCUGCCAGAUGCACGGCAUCGUCCCCAUCGUGGAGCCGGAGAUCCUCCCUGAUGGCGACCACGACCUGAAGCGCUGCCAGUACAUCACCGAGAAGGUCCUGGCCGCCGUCUACAAAGCCCUGUCCGACCACCACGUCUACCUCGAGGGCACCCUGCUCAAGCCCAACAUGGUCACCUCCGGACACUCCUGCUCACACAAGUACAGCAACCAGGAGAUCGCCAUGGCAACGGUCACUGCGCUGCGCCGCACUGUGCCCCCUGCCGUCCCAGGAAUCACCUUCCUGUCUGGUGGCCAGAGUGAGGAGGAGGCCUCUGUUAACCUGAAUGCCAUGAACCAGUGCCCUCUGCACCGACCUUGGGCUCUGACCUUCUCAUACGGCCGCGCUCUGCAAGCCUCCGCCCUCAAAGCCUGGGGGGGCAAGAAGGAGAACGGAAAGGCAUGCCAAGAUGAGUUCAUCAAGAGAGCUCUGGCCAACAGCCUGGCCUGCCAGGGCAAAUACGUCUCCUCUGGAAGCAGCGCUGCUGGUGGAGAGUCACUGUUUGUGGCUAAUCAUGCUUAUUAAGCAUAAACGCACUCCCCACCGUCUACUCACCAUUAUCGCAUCACCAUUUAUAAAAAGGGCAGUUCCUCCAUAAAGGAGCGCCUUCAACAUCCUUUGUUCACCAGUAACACUAACAAGAGAAAGAAGAAGUGGUUGAUGGAAAAUGUUUGUCUCCAUUCCCUUACUUUUAUUUCUAAACACCUUUUUGUACAGGUGAAGAUUCCCUUUUUGUUUUUACACAUUUUGUUCCUUGAUCUGCUUCGGACGAGUACAGAGUUUAACAUUUACACGGCAAAAAAUACUAAUCUUACUACGUGUUUUUAGUCUACUUUCUAGCACACUUGAAAUAAGACAAAACUAACUUACAGGUAACUUUUUAGCAAGAUAUAGGAGCUUGUUUUAAGUAAGUAAUUUCUCAAUAUUAAUUUUUACCAGUGGAACAAUAUUAAGUAAUUAUCCACCUAGAAACAUAACUAAAAAUGUUCAGUAAGAUUUGUGUUUUUUCCAGUGUACAAAUACCAUGAAAUAAAGUUUGUAUCCAAACA